AUGUUGAAUCCUUUGGUUUCCAGAAAACAAACAUGUACCCAAGAAACGGGCAAGAAAACUAAUAUCUCCAUAGCAAUUGAAGAAGCCAAAUGCAUAGCCAAUAUUUCUCUUCCCAUGGUGUUCACAGGAUUGUUACUGUAUUCUCGGUCUAUGAUAUCCAUGCUCUUCCUCGGCCGUCUUGGCGAGCUCUCAUUAGCCGGAGGGGCGCUGGCCGUAGGAUUCGCCAACAUCACCGGUUAUUCCAUCCUCUCUGGUCUUGCCAUGGGAAUGGAACCAAUUUGUGGACAGGCUUUUGGAGCAGGAAAAUUCAAACUUAUUGGCCUUACCUUACAAAAAACAGUACUUUUACUUUUAUUAUCAUCAAUUCCCAUUGGGUUUUUAUGGUUCAACAUGAAGAAAAUUUUACUUUUUUGUGGUCAAGAUCAUGAUAUUUCAACACAAGCACAAUCCUAUAUUCUUUAUUCUAUUCCUGAUCUUCUUGCACAAUCGUUUCUUCACCCUUUAAGAAUAUAUCUUAGGACUCAAUCCAUAACAUUUCCUUUGACAUACUGUGCAGCUUUAGCCAUUCUUCUCCACAUUCCUAUAAGUUACCUUCUUGUUACAUUCCUCAAUCUCGGGAUCAAAGGCGUCGCCCUAGCCGGAGUUUGGACGAAUUUCAUCCUAGUAGGAUCAUUGAUGGCCUACGUUUUAACAUCAGGGACCUACGAGAAAACUUGGGGUGGCAUAUCAUCAGAGAGCUUCAAGGGCUGGAAAUCUCUCGUAAGCCUAGCAAUUCCAAGUUGCAUUAGCGUAUGCUUAGAGUGGUGGUGGUACGAAAUCAUGAUCUUGUUAUGUGGAUUAUUAUUGAACCCUCGAGCAACGGUAGCAUCAAUGGGGAUUUUGAUUCAAACCACAGCUUUAAUCUACAUUUUCCCAUCUUCUUUAAGCUUCGGAAUAUCAACGAGAGUUGGAAAUGAACUAGGUGCCAACAGGCCUAAUACCGCGAAACUCUCAGCAAUUCUUGGACUGAUGACGAGUUUUGUACUCGGAGUUUCAGCACUGUUUUUCGCCAUUUUGGUGAGGAACACAUGGGCUAAAAUGUUCACACGAGAUGCGGAAAUCAUCGCUUUAACAUCGACGGUGUUGCCCAUAAUAGGCUUAUGUGAGCUUGGAAAUUGCCCACAAACAACUGGUUGUGGGGUUCUAAGGGGAACUGCUAGGCCACAAAUGGGGGCCAAUAUCAACUUGGGGUGCUUUUAUUUAGUUGGAAUGCCAAUUGCAGUGUGGUUAGGGUUCUAUUUGGGGUAUGAUUUCAAGGGACUUUGGCUUGGACUUUUGGCUGCACAGGGCUCGUGUGCAGUUAACAUGUUGUUUGUUUUGGCGCGAACCGAUUGGGAACAUCAGGCCCAGAGAGCAAAAGAGUUAACAGGAACAACCAUUGAGGACAUUAUUGAUCCUUUGAUGGAUGAUUCACUUGCUUAA